AAGCAUCCAACACCAAGAGUCACCGUGGCGGUCUAAGUCUGCGCUUGGGAUCAUUGAUCAAUUGGCAGACGUCCAGCAGUGAACCAUACAUGUGCUGCACGCCUGCAAUCGCGACGAGAGAGCAGUGGCGUUCGUCAACGGCUGAGAUACAUCGAAGCGAAACGGCGAUGGCCGGCAAGCAAGGCAUAUCAUCCAUAUCAGCUCUGCAUGCCCGCCGUAUGAGGCGCAAAGACAUCGUUGUUAAAUGGCAUGUCUACAGGGCGGAACCGAAAGCGUCCAGCAGCGACAAUCUUUGGACAGGAGGAAGGAGCUAUCAAUAGCGUCGGCAUAAAGAAGCUAAGGAUCCACGGCAGCCAACUCGAUGAAAGCGAGUGCACAGUCUACUCUUGAGAGAAUGGUACCGAGACUUCCCACCGAGACCGCCU